GGGACAAUGUGUUCCCGAUAAGAAAUUCACUGAUAAAAUAUUGUAUAAAAUGUACAAUCUUCGGAAUGCUCUUUAUUCCGUCUGAAAUGUACUAAAGAGAAAGGAGACUAAUAGCUUUUUCCUUUUUUUAAGUGGCAUCAGCAAGUUUCAUCUCCAAUCUCUUCGACUAAAAGGAAGAAAUAACAGAGAUGAACAAAUCGCGAACUAAGAGAUGGUCCCAAUACUUGGCAGCGGUUACAGCCACCUUAUCAUUGGCAUCCACGGGCGCCCACAUUGGCUGGACAUCACCAAUGUUACCAAGAUUGAAAUCUCUGGAAUCUCAUGUACAAAUCACAUCCGACGAUGCUUCCUGGAUAGCUUCCUUCUACUUGUUGGGUUCUAUACCUGGCAAUAUUAUAGCCGCUUUUAUAGUAGAUUGGUUAGGCCGCAAAAAUAGCCUUCUGAUAGCUGCUGUACCUCUGGCCAUCGGAUGGAUUUUGAUCAUUAUUGCUUGGAAUCCCUAUGUCUUAUAUGUAUCUCGUUUCAUCAGUGGAAUUGGUCAAGGUAUAGUAUACGUCGUCUGUCCGAUGUAUAUCGGCGAGAUUGCGGAUAAAGAGAUCAGAGGAUCUCUGGGAUCUUUUAUAAAACUGAUGGUAACUUUUGGUGAGCUUUACGCACAUGCGAUUGGUCCAUUUGUAUCGUACGAGAUAUUAUCUUAUGCCUGUAUUCUCAUAUCAAUCGCAUUUUUCGCAUCCUUCGUUUGGAUGCCCGAAUCACCUUAUCAUUUAUUAAUGAAGAAUAAACAGAGAAAAGCUAUGAACAAUCUGAAACAGCUUAAACCAAAAUCGACGAAGGAGGAGUUGGAAGAGGACAUGGAUCAGAUACAAAAAACAGUGAUACGAGAUCUCAGGGACAAGAUUCACUUUUGGGAACUCUUCAAUACUCGUGGAAAUAGACGAGCCGUCCUAAUAAGUUUCGGCCUUCAACUGAUUCUCCAAUUCAGUGGUAUAGCUGCGAUAGAGUCCUAUACUCAAGAAAUUCUUCACGAAGCAGACACUGGCCUUUCUGCUGGGAUAGCUGUCAUUAUUUUGAGUGUACUGCAGUUAGUCGCUGGAUUAGGUGCAGCUGCACUCGUCGAUAAAAUUGGCAGAAGACCUUUGCUUUUAAUUACCACUUUCCUCGGUGGUGUCUCACUCACGAUCACUGGUGGCUUCUAUUUUUUGAAAUUUUAUUUAAAUCUUGACAUGGCCGGACACGGAUGGAUCCUUCACGUUUCUAUAAUUUUCUACGAGUUGAUAAUCGCAUUGGGAUUGAAUCCAUUACCUUACAUGAUGUUAGGCGAACUAUUUCCAACGAAUGUAAAAGGUACAGCGGUUUCUUUGGUUAACCUUUGGGCUUCUCUUUUGGCCUUCAUCGUAUCGAAGCUUUAUCAAGUGAUAUCCGAUGCCAUUGGAGUUUACAGCGCUUUCGGAUGGUUCGCUAUAAGCAGUUUUAUUGGAGUAAUCUUCAUAUUGUUCCUCGUCCCAGAAACCAAAGGGAAAUCUUUGUUGGAAAUACAGGAGGAACUUAAUUGCAAUAAGAAGAAAAUGGAGGCUAAGAAGAAAAAACAAGAGGAGAUUUAUAUAAGCACCAUAGCUUAAGUCUGAUAGGAGAAGACAGAUAAAGGCGAGGGCCCGGUUUAAGGUUUGACAAACAUUUAUCCUAUUUUUUCUUUACACACAAUUUUUGCACAUAAUUUUUCAAAAAGUAGAUCGUCACUGGCAAUCUGUUUUAAUUGAUAAGGCAAGCGCCGUAAAAAAGUAUUAGCAAAAUCAAACCUGAAAAAAUAAUUCUUCAAUGGGCCAAACUUGAACUCAAAUUUGUGAAUCUCUGAUUUACGAUUUUAAGAAUUGCUUUCCUUCUUUAUUACAGAGAAAAAAAAGAAACGUGCGAAACAUUGAUCGAUACUUUAAUGCGUUAAGUUUUAUCAGUAGUGGAACAUAUUAGAUUUAUUUUUAGUUAUUAAGUAAGGGCCCUUAUAUUCCAUUCGAAAGAGCGACUUGGAUAAACGUUAUGAGAUUGCCAAAGAUAACUGAAAGUUUAUACGAGUACUAUAGUUUCAUUGAGAAAUAAGACUUGCUCGAUAAAAAAAUAGACGUGUAAUAAAAUAAUAGUAUAAACUUGUUACGAAGAGUAUUUAGGCAAUCUCAAUCGUGAAUAAUGUGAAUCCAAUGUAAUCACGACUUUCUAAAAGAUUUGUCGAUCAGAGAAGAUGACUGAUCGACGAUUGAUUUCUGAGAAAGUGAGUGAAUACUUCAAAUGCGUUAGCUGGGCCCCCUCAAUAAUAGAGCAAACGCGCAUGACCAUCUCUUCGUCCCUUUUAGGCAGGGUUUAAUAAUGAAAUGAGUGAGACUGAUA